CCCGCGGCCGGGGACGGCCACACCCUGCGCGCGGCGCCGGAGCUCGGUCCCCGGCCACGGCCCGCAGGCUGCCCGGCUGCGCGCCCCUGCCCCCUGGCCUCGCGCGGGCCCGGCUCGCCCCUCGCCGCGCCCCUCCCCGACGACUGCCCCCGCGGGCCGCCCCGCGCCGGGACCAUGCUGCGCUGGCUUCGGGGCUUCGUGCUGCCCGCGGCGGCCUGCCAGGAAGCGGAGCCUCCGACGCGCUACGAGACCCUCUUCCAGGCGCUGGACCGCAACGGGGACGGCGUGGUGGACAUCGGCGAGCUGCAGGAGGGGCUCAGGAACCUGGGCAUCCCCCUGGGCCAGGACGCCGAGGAGAAAAUUUUUACUACUGGAGAUGUCAACAAAGAUGGAAAGCUGGAUUUUGAAGAAUUUAUGAAGUACCUUAAAGACCAUGAGAAGAAAAUGAAAUUGGCAUUUAAGAGUUUAGACAAAAAUAAUGAUGGAAAAAUUGAAGCUGCAGAAAUUGUCCAGUCUCUCCAGAUACUAGGUCUAACUAUUUCUGAAAAACAAGCGGAGUUGAUUCUUCAAAGCAUUGAUGCUGAUGGGACAAUGACAGUGGACUGGAACGAAUGGAGAGACUACUUCUUAUUUAAUCCUGUUACAGAUAUUGAGGAAAUUAUCCGUUUCUGGAAACAUUCUACUGGAAUUGACAUAGGGGAUAGUUUAACUAUUCCAGAUGAGUUCACAGAAGAUGAAAAGAAAUCCGGUCAGUGGUGGAGGCAGCUUUUGGCAGGAGGCAUUGCAGGUGCUGUCUCUCGAACCAGCACUGCCCCUUUGGACCGCCUGAAAAUCAUGAUGCAGGUUCAUGGUUCAAAGUCAGACAAGAUGAACAUAUUUGGUGGCUUUCGACAGAUGGUAAAAGAGGGAGGCAUCCGUUCCCUUUGGAGAGGAAAUGGUACAAAUGUCAUUAAAAUUGCUCCUGAGACAGCUGUUAAAUUCUGGGCAUAUGAACAGUACAAGAAGUUGCUUACUGAGGAAGGACAGAAACUUGGAACCCUCGAGAGAUUUAUUUCUGGUUCCAUGGCUGGAGCAACUGCACAGACUUUUAUUUAUCCCAUGGAGGUUAUGAAAACAAGGCUGGCUGUAGGCAAAACUGGACAAUACUCUGGAAUAUAUGAUUGUGCCAAGAAGAUUUUGAAACAUGAAGGAUUGGGAGCUUUUUACAAAGGCUACGUUCCCAAUUUAUUAGGCAUUAUACCUUACGCAGGCAUAGAUCUUGCUGUGUAUGAGCUCUUGAAGUCCUAUUGGCUAGAAAAUUUUGCAAAGGAUACUGUAAACCCUGGCGUCAUGGUAUUGCUGGGGUGUGGUGCCUUGUCUAGCACCUGUGGUCAGCUGGCCAGCUACCCCUUGGCCUUGGUGAGGACACGCAUGCAGGCUCAAGCCAUGGUGGAAGGAACCACACAGCUGAACAUGGUUGGCCUCUUUCAACGAAUAAUUUCCAAAGAAGGGAUACCAGGACUUUACAGAGGCAUCACCCCAAACUUCAUGAAGGUGCUCCCUGCCGUAGGCAUCAGUUAUGUGGUUUAUGAAAAUAUGAAGCAAACUUUAGGUGUAAAUCAGAAAUGACAUGUUGAAUAAUUACUGUAAUUUUCAACCAUCUCAGGAGUGAUUUUUUUUCCUCCUGGAAUUGAAAUUGGUCGAUGGCAAAAGCUGUAUUUUUUUC